AAUAUCGACUACUUGACUUAAAAUAAAUUCAACUCUUAUCAGCACGCGUAUACGAGUUCUUAAAUAAAUAGCAAGAAUCUCGCUAUAAAUAAUUAUUGACUAGAAAAAAAUAUCUAAAGAGUAUCACAAUAAAUAUGCAGAAUGAAAAGGAAGAAUUGCCAUCAUGUGAAAAAUUAUUUAGUCUCGAAUUGGUGGCAUUAAAAUUUGUUGGUUUGAGUUCCCUAAGAAAUGGAUUUAGAAAAAAGAAUAUCAAUAUACCUGUUAAAUUUUAUGAAAUAUUUCUAUUUAUAUGUGCUGCUAGUAUACUGUCAGGUUUCUUUAUAAGUUCUGCAUUAACUGUCCAUAUGUUGUUACAAAGUGACUUAAUAUUGGCAUGUGAAAUAGCAACAUUUAUAUUUGCAGGGGCUAUAACUGUUAGUAAGGUUCUAAGAAUAUGGAGCUAUCGAAUCGAAUUAAUUGAAAUUUUGAGAGAAUUGAAUGAACUAUGGGAAGAAAUUGUUCAACAUCGGUUAAAUUUAAAAGAAAAAAUUCUUGAUAUAUUAAAUGAAUCAAGGCCUAUUCGAUAUGGAUAUUGUUUUAUCGCAAGUUCAUUGAGUCUGAGUUAUGCACUACGUCCUUAUUUUCACAUGUUAUUUUACUUUGUGAAACAAUCUGAGAACAAGACAAUCGAUCUAACAGUAACAACGUAUCCAUUACUGUACCCCGUAGAAAGAGGAACAUGGCUGGGUUACCUCUUAUGCGUGACAUACGAACAAAGUAUCCUUUAUUUCGGAGGAAUUUAUUGGAUUGCUUGUGACACACUAUUUAUUCUACUUACUUCUCACAUUUGCGUCCACUUUAUGAUUAUAUCCAACGAUUUCAACAAUUUACACGUUAAUUACGAUAAUAAUAACAAUGAAAGCUUUCAAUUGAUACAAAACCUAUCACGACGACAUCAGAAAAUGUUUGUAUUAUGUCAAAAAAUCGAAGCUCUGUACAGUCCAAUCAUCUUGCUUACGGUAGUAUUUAAUGGCAUCGAUUUAUGUCUUUGUAUUUUCGCGUUGGACAAAGAUUUAUCAGACGGACAUUGGGCUAAAGUUGCGUCAAGCGUGACACAUGCACUGACAUUGUUUGUCCAAAUUGUUAUUUAUUGCGAAUUUUCUCAUGUUGCUACAGAAGAAACCAGUAAGGUUGGAGAGGCAAUUUAUAAUUCUUCAUGGAUCUAUUUUGAUAAAAGAAUGAAGAAAAUGUUAUUAAUAAUAAUGAUGCAAGCUAGUAGAGAGUAUAAAUUUUCAGUAUUCGGUAUACUUAUUCUCGAUCGUGAGCAACUUACACACAUUGUUAAAACAACGAUGAGUUAUUUUACGAUGCUAAGAAGUUUUUCAUAGAUUAAGUUGUCAAUAACACAAUAUUAAUAUUCUAAAAAUGUAUAAAAGUAGUUAGUUGAUGC